AUGGCGUGUUGCCACAAGCACAACGAAGUGGAGUACCCGCCGGAUACCAUCGACGAACCAACGCGAAGCUCUCUACAGUGUUUAAGUGACACUUUUAAUUUUGAUGCAUUAGAAAUGGAGAUAGCGAAGAAUGAAGAGAUCGCGUUAGUGUUACUCAAAAACAAAUUUGUAGAGAAAGUGGUGGAAAGACUGGGUGAACGGACUUUGCCUUCUGUUGUGUUUGAUAAGUUUGUAGAACAAGCUAUUAAUAUGCUCUCGACUAUCGCGAAGACGAAAUAUGGGGUCUAUUUGUUACCAUCAAAUACGUUCUAUUGCUUCAUCCCAUUUGCUUUUGACUCGAAUGUUUCAAUGGAAUGUAUAUAUGCCAUUUUGAGUACAUUUUGUGAAUUGAUAAUUGACGAAGAAAGUGCACUGAUAAUAAUGAAUUACCAUAUCUUCCCUUUAGUAAUGAUUUGGCUUGAAUUUGGUAAUGAAAAGUGUAUUGAGAUUUGCUUACAAAUAUUAAACAAACUUUUUAGAGUACAAAAGAUUGUCGACUUCGCUUGCUCUUCUCAAGAAAAAAUCGACGAAUUUAUGAAAAUUAUUCAGCCAUUACAAAAGAAUUUAAACUACAGAAAAAUGGUUAAUACUCUUAUCUCGUCUCUUUCUAAAAACGAUCUCUUUUCUUCUCAGUCUCAAACCUUAUGA